GGAUGGGAUCCAUCUCUGUUCCUUUCUUUUUAAUGUUUUCUUUUCAAUAUCUUAAUUUCCCUUUUGGCAAAGCAAUGUCCAUGUCUCAUUAAUGUUAUUGUGCUAAUAUAUUCCCAUCAGCUUGAAAAUGGGCAAAAUUUAAUGAGUUUCAUGACUGAAAUUUCAUUAACAGAAGUUGGUAAGUAACAAGAAGCUUGAGCUAAGGUGGUGAAGUGAGAUUUAAGGCAUCAGAAAAUCAUGUUCUUUCUUUCUGUACGAAAGACAUGGAAAGCUCAAUAUUCCUACCACAAACCUCUUUCAACAGAAGGGUAAGGGAAAUAUCCCCAAUGAAGGAUCAAUGAUGAGGGUUAUUUAAUAUUAGUUCCAGUGAUGGGCAAUGAGUUGAGGACCUCCCAUCUAUCAUGAGCCUAAGUGAGGGUAAUGCCAUGGCAUCUGGUAAUCACAAUCACAACCUCUCUUUCUUCCUUUUAGACUUCUUUUGAAGCUUAAUAAACUAAACCCACCCUGUCAGCUACCUCGACCAAUAAACCAACCGCCCCAUCUCUUCCUCCCUCCUACCCCCAAAGCCAAACCUUAAAAAAGGAGUGAAAAAGCUCACUCUAUCCCAAACCCUGCAACUGCAAAAAGAAAAAGAAAAAGAAAAUUCCCCGCCUUCGGAGCUCCUCCUUCCCUUUAAGCAAGGCUAUCUUUCAUCCUCUCAUGGUAUUUUGACUAUUCUAAGUGUUCAAAAAUUGAAUUUUGAAAGGAAAAACCUCAUCUUUCAACCGCUAUCAAUGUGGCGGCCGUGGGGUAACAAAAAAACAACGGUGCCGAUUCAUGACACGUCAUCUCCUUUCUCCUGCUCUUCCUUCAAAGAUAUCCAAAACCUUUGCUCGGAGGAUUCUUCUCUCUCAUUCGCCACCAAAAGAACCGCCAAUGUCUUCCACCGUGUCCGAAUCGCCAACUCCCUCCUCCGCUUCUGGGUCCCCGCCCGCUCUGAAACACGAAUUGACCCCAAUGGGAAAAUCUCGGAUUCGGUUACGGAUCGCUCCAUUUCAAUCCCAGACGCUGACAAGCGCAUUGUCGUUUACUUCACGAGCCUCCGCGUGAUUCGGUCGACAUUCGAGGAUUGCAAGACCGUUCGAUCGAUCCUCCAAGGAUUCCGAGUCUCGAUCGACGAACGAGAUCUGUCGAUGGACUCCGGGUUCUUAAACGAAUUGCAAGGGAUCCUUGGUCAAAGCAAAUUGACUUUGCCGCGGGUUUUCAUUGGCGGGAGAUACAUGGGAGGGGCUGAGGAGAUCAAACAGCUACACGAGACAGGCGAGCUCAAGAAGUUUGUGGAAGGAUUGCCCGCAGCUGAACUCGGCACCUGUGACGUCUGCGGCGGUUCCUGGUUCAUCCUGUGCAACGAAUGUAACGGUAGCCGUAAACUGUACACUGAAAAGCAUGGGUUCAAGACUUGUCCGGCCUGUAACGAAAAUGGCUUAAUCAGGUGCCCUUCUUGCUCUUGUGCACCCCUCUAAAAAUACCUCUUUUUUUAACCAUAAAAGAAAAUUUUGGGUCAAUUAAUUGUGGUUUUUGGUUUUUGUUUUUAAUAUUUUUGGGCGGAGUGAGUGUCAAAAGAAUGUGGAGGCCCAAGCAAUGGAUUUGUUGCUUUAAGAUUGUAAGAGCUGACCUUUUUUUUUUUUAUUUGUAGCUUUAAAAAGUAGUGAACAUUGAAAAGGACAAUAGUAGAAUUUAGCAGGCUUCAGCUUAUGUAACCGUAACUGU